UUUAUCUCUCUCAUAAUCACACCAUCCAAUAGCAUAACACCGAAAAACACGUCUCCAUUCCCCUCUCUCUCUCUAUAGAAAAAAAUUCCAACCCCAUCUCUCUCUGUCUCUUUGAUCCAAUCAGUUCAGCCAGAAAAUGUCAUCCGGCUUCCCUGGUGGCAUGCCUGACUCCUUCACCGCAGGCAGAAGAGCGACGCUGCUUCCGGCCAAUAUGAACAAUAGUUAUAGCUCCAAUAUCAUCACCGCGCAACAGCAGUUUUCCCUCCGCUCAACGCAGAUCAACGGGAAGAGGUCUGUCGACGAAUUUCACCACCAACAGCAGAAUCUCCGGAACGUCAGGCCGCGUCCUAGCUACCAAAAUCCAUCUCCGGCGCGGUACCAUCUGAAUCUGUCCAACAGAAAUGUAGGAAUUCGGUUGGCCGGGGAUCCAGGUUUGGAUUCGGAAAAGAAUACGAUGAACCACCGGCUGCAGGAGCUGGAGAAGCAGCUGCUCGAUGAUGAAGAAGACGACGGCGACACUGUCUCUGCUAUUACUAACACCGAAUUGUCGGAUACGAUCCAGAAUUUGAUAGGUACAUCUUCUUCUCCUACUUCCUCCUCUUCGUCGUGCUGUUCCACCUCGGCAUCACCCUGCCCCAAGCAAGCAUCGAUCGACGCCGCCGCCUCGAUCUCCGAGGGAAAGCCGGAAGUCGCGGCCGAGAUCCUCACGCGUCUGGCGAACGCGAACGCCAGCGGCAUCGCGGCUCACAUGCUAACGGCGUUGAAAUCGCGCUUAAAUCCGUCGGAGAAUCCUCCACCUCCUGCGUCGGAGCUGUUUAGUGCUGAACACGCGGCGUCGACGAAAUCAUUGUACGAGUUCUCGCCGUGUUUCAAGCUCGGAAUCAUGGCGGCGAACCUGGCGAUCCUCGAGGCGGCCGCGGAGGACGGAUACAACAAAAUCCACGUAUUGGAUUUCGACGUUGGACAUGGCGGACAGUACGGCCAUUUGCUUCACUCGCUCGGCCUCGGCAGCAACAAAUCCUUGAAGAUCACCGCCUUCUCGGAUGAUGAGAAGCUGAAGAAGGCCGUCGGCGACAACUUGCAGGCAUUGGCUAAUAAAAUUGGUGUUCCGUUCAAUUUCUGUGUCCGUAAUCUGAAUAUCGCCGAUCUGAACCGUCAGAUACUGGAAAUCCAAUCCGACGAGACAUUAGCAGUGAACUUAGCGUUCAAGCUGUACAGGCUGCCGGACGAGAGCGUGACGACGGAGAAUGUUAGAGACGAGCUCCUCCGGCGCGUGAAGGGGCUCUCGCCCAAGGUCAUGACGGUGGUGGAGCAGGAGCUGAACACGAACACCGCUCCACUGACGGCUCGCGUGCGCGACACGUACGACUUCUACGCGGCGCUACUCGACUCUCUCGACAACUCGGUCCGAGUCCUGGUCGAGGAGGGAUUGGGCAGGAAAAUUAGCAACUCGGUUGCGUGCGACGGUAGGGAUCGCGUCGAAAGGUGUGAGGUGUUCGGCAAGUGGCGGGCCCGAAUUAGUAUGGCCGGCUUUCAACCUCGACCCAUGAGUCAACACACCGUGGAGGCGCUCCGCUCCAACCUCAACUCGUGGACACGUGGCAACGCGGGAUUCGUCAUCAACGAGGAAUCCGGUGGCAUCUCCUUCGGUUGGAUGGCACGAAAACUCACCGUCGCUUCUGCCUGGCGUUAAUUUCCCUUUUUCUAAUUAUAUUAUUUACUUUUGAUUAAUACUUUAAUACUUAUAAUGCUCUCUUAAUUGUUGCUUUAACGUUUUCUUCACGUGAUUUGUAAUUUUUGGGGCUCCACUUACAUGUAUACGUAUAUAUACCUCUAGUUUGACAUUGUUAUUGA